GCCUCCGUGUGGUAUAGUGUGCCUUCAUGCUCCAGUGCCCUACUUGAAAAUCACUCAUAAACCUUUCGACCAGCUCAUCCCGAACACUUCACGGUAGUAAGGCAUCCAACAUGUCGAGGCCUACUUUCACGAUUUUAACAAUACUUUUACAAGUUUUGUUCGUGGUCAUUUUCGCGAUAUUCGGUGAAUAUGGGGAUGAUGCAAGGCCGAAUCACAAACGCCCCAAUCCCGGGGCUGCUGGAAUAAAUGCAGUGAACAUAUACUAUCCAAUGUUUCAGGACGUUCACGUGAUGAUUUUCCUCGGUAUUGGACUCCUUCUCGCGUUCUUACGAAAGCACGCCUACAGUUCCAUAUCAUACUGCUUCUUCGCGGCGGCCAUUUUGUGCGAGUGGUCGACGAUUAUCAAUGGCGUAUUUUGGCACAUUAUCGAGGGCGGGAAUGACAAGUUUAAGAUCGACUUGUUUUCGGCCAUCAACGCAGAUUUCGCUGCCGCUGUCAUCCUCAUUUCUUAUUGCGUCGUUCUCGGUAAAAUAAGCAUUCUGCAGCUCCUGGUUAUGGGGGUUAUAGAGCUGGCUGUCUACGUGCUCAAUUCGUGGAUUUGUUUUGCAAAGCUCGGCAUCUCGGAUAUCGGCGCGUCUAUCACGAUCCAUAUGUUUGCCGCGUACUUUGGCCUGGGAGUGACACGUGUUCUGCAUAGCAGGGACAGUGAGGGGAAUGGGAAGGAAUGCUCAAGUUACCACAAUGACGUAUUUUGCUUGGUCGGAACUAUUUUUUUGUGGUUAUACUGGCCCAGUUUCAACGCAUGCCUUACGACCGAUGACGUCAUGCGACAUCGCACGGUUACUAACACCUAUUACUCCAUGCUUGGCGCAUGCGUAAUGGUGUUCGCGCUUUCUCCCAUGUUUCGACGCGACGGCAAAUUUAACCUUUCGCAUGUCCAGAAUGCAACGCUAGCGGGAGGCGUUGCCAUAGGAACUGCAAGCAAUAUGAUUGUGCAGCCAUGGGGGUCGAUGCUGAUUGGAUCUAUUGGGGGCGCAAUGUGCACACUGGGAUACGUCUACCUUUCGCCUUUUCUUAAAAAACACUGCAAGAUGCACGAUGUAUGUGGCGUUCACAAUUUGCAUGCACUCCCAGCAUUCCUUUCGGGUAUUGCCAGCGCCAUUGCUUCCUCAUUGGCCGCAGCUGAUGAAUACGGUGAUGCUCUUUACAGCAUGUGGCCGGCAAUGGCGCCAAAGAUAAACACUACCGCAUACUUUGAACUCAAGGGACAGGGCGUGGCAUUUACCCCUGGAAAAGGCAGGACCCCGGGCCAGCAGGCCGGCUUUCAGGUUGCUGCCAUGUUUGUCACAAUGGGAAUAUCGCUUCUUAGUGGAAUAUUGACUGGUUUCCUUAUCAAACUAUGGAUUUUCGAGCCGAUGUCAACACGGCAAAUGUUUGACGACGAAGACUUUUGGAUGAUGCCCGAACAACACUACGUUGCCGUGAGCAAAGAAAAACGAGAUGCGAAUGAUAAUACAGUGUUGAAACAGAGAAUUGAGACAGCCAUGUGAAAGAGGGGAGAUCAAGAGAGAAGGGGAGGAGAGAGUUAUGACUGUGAGGGUGAACAGUAACCUGUGACACAAUAACAAAGUUUUACUGACUAGGUAUCAGUUCACUUAUCAGUUCACUUAUCAGUUCACUUAUCCGUGUGGCGAGUCUGUUCUUUCGUAUGUUUUUUGUUUGUUUGAAUUGGCGAACAGAGACGCAACACGGAUAAGUGAACUGAUAGAAACAAACAGGAAAAAGCUCUGCUAGCAGGGAACGAGGCAAAGACGCGCUAUGCAGCAUGGGUAGGGCGACCUAAGUAGUUUUAUGUUUUGGUUUAUUAGUUGGUUCAAUAUAAAAUGUCAGUAGAUAAAAGUUAAGAUAAAUAUUUGUUUUUGAAUUUAAGAUUAUUUUGUACAUUCAAAUUUUUCAAGUGUGUUGAAUUUACUGUAAAAGUUAAUUAAAUAAAAUAUAUUUUAAUAAAA